GGUCCGUUGGCCGGGCUUCCUUCAGAUUCAGGCCUUCAAUUUCCUAUUCUUAUCAACACCAAGCUGCAGUCAGCUGAACACACAAUACUGCGUUGGCUUGUUCUUGUCGAUCAUUUUCUAUACCCAGCCUAUGCUUCCUUUCACUCUUUCAUCCUCUGUCUCAUAUUUAUAAACUUGUUUGAAUUAUUGCGAUCUCUGUUUGAUCACUGCCCGCUUUCCGCGGCCUUCGACUCUUCUCCGUUAACGGCGACCGCUUCUUGAGAGAAUAUGUCCACAACCACAGGAGCAUUUAUUGCUGGCGGUAUCGCGGCGUGUGGAGCUGUCACCGUCACCCAUAGUUUCGAGACCGUGAAGAUUCGGUUACAACUGCAGGGAGAACUGCAAACGAAGAGUGAUGCUGUCAAGAAGUACCGGGGUGUCUUCCAUGGUGUCAAGGUCAUUCUGCAGAAUGAGGGUCCCCGCGGACUUUUCCGCGGUAUCGGAUCUGCCUACAUUUAUCAAGUCUUGUUGAACGGCUGCCGUUUAGGCUUCUACGAGCCCUUGCGCAAGGGCAUGACGACAGCCCUCUAUACAGACCCGGCCGUUCAGUCGCUGGGUAUUAACGUGUUCGCUGGUGCUGCGUCAGGUAUCAUCGGUGCUGCUGCUGGAUCGCCAUUCUUCCUGGUGAAGACACGACUCCAAUCUUAUUCUCCAUUCCUUCCAGUCGGUACGCAGCACAAGUACAAGAACUCGUUUGAUGGACUGCGCAAGAUUUACACUACCGAGGGAGUGAACGGACUAUAUCGUGGCGUGGGAGCAGCAAUGGUGCGCACUGGUUUCGGCAGCUCCGUUCAGCUCCCUACCUAUUUCUUUGCGAAGCGACGCCUGGUGAAGCACUUGGGCAUGGAAGAGGGCCCCGGUCUGCAUUUGGCCAGUAGCACAGCCUCCGGAUUUGUCGUCUGCUGCGUGAUGCACCCUCCUGACACCGUCAUGUCCAGAAUGUACAACCAGACCGGUGAUUUGUACAAGGGCGCAUUUGACUGCCUGUACAAGACGAUUCGCAAGGAGGGUGUUUUCGCCAUCUACAAGGGCUUCUUUGCCCAUUUGGCCCGUGUCUUGCCUCACACUGUCUUGACUCUCAGUUUGGCCGAACAGACCAACAAACUGAUGCGCCGAGCCGAGGACCGAUUUUUGUCCGAUUCGCUCAAGGAGGUACUGUAAACGAGCAUGAUUAUCCUGAUGAUCCGCAAGUUUUUGUUUGAAAAAAAGAAAAAAAGAUUUUGACCUUCUUGCCUUGCAUCUGCUAGACGGCCAAAUGUGAUCAGCGUCGCAUGUUCGGUACAUACUACCUAUUCCCAUACUUAGGAGGCGUUUUAUCCCCUGGUUACCAUGUCGAG